ACACCACAAACGCAGGUGAUGACAACGAUUGGAACGGCCAAAACAACAGGUUCCCAGUUGCCACCCACGACUGUUAAAUACAUGUUAACGAGUGAAAAACAGUGCACCGACCACGAAACGGACAUGUUUAAGUGUGAACAUUUCAACCGUACGUACAACGCAUGUCAAAGCAGCGAUUUGUCUAUAACUACCAUAGUACUUUCAAAAUGUUUGAGGUAUUGUGGAUUGUGCGAUGCCACUACUACAGAUUCACAGCAUCUUACAUCAACAAAUGCUAAACCUGGCACCACGACGGAAAUGUACACAACAACACAAAAUAACUUGCAUGACACAACCACCGGAAAGAACGUUUUUGACACUACGACAGGAGCAACACCGGCACAAACCCAGGCAAUAACAACGACUGGAACGACCAAAACAACAGGUUCCCAGUUGCAAUCAACGAACGCUCAGUAUAUAUCGACUACUGAAAACCAGUGCACCGACCACGAAACAGACAUGCUUAAGUGUGAACAAUUCAAUCACACAUACAACGCUUGUCAAAGCAGCGAAUGGUCUAUUAAUAUCAUCGUUCAUUCAAAAUGUCUGAGGUAUUGUGGGUUGUGCGAUGCCACUACUCCAGGUUCACAGCAUCUUACAUCAUCAAAUAUUAAACCUGGCACCACGACGGAAACCUUUACAACAUCACAAAACAACUUGCUUGACAUAACCACAGGAAAGAACGUUUUUGACACUACGACAACGAAUUAUUUACAUCACACAACUACUGAAAAACAAAUCACAUUUUCACAACCGAAAUCAUCCACUCAGCUACAUGUCACACAGACAACUGAUUUCAUUGUGACCGCAACAUCUUCUAUCCGACACCAGACUGCUGCUACCACCUCUUCACUUCAACCCAACGGGCUUGGACCACAGGUAACGAAGAACUUCCUGACAAGUACAGACGUCCGAUCCUCUUCGCAUGAUGCAUCAACACCCUCAAUGGUACUUAUCCGAAAUAACGUAACUGUGUCAAACACUACGAGUGACGUCCCGUUUACCGCUACAAGCCGAUCAAUGAACACAUUUUCUUCAACAGAUGCUACAACAGCUGUCGAUUCAAUAACGACGUUUCCUUCUAAAUCAACUUCAAGCUCCAACAAAACGACACUAGGCACUCACUGAAAAUUAUGAAUUAAAAUGUAAUUUGUACCACGCAUUGGGUUAAUGCAAACCUAAGUCUUACUGACAUUAAAGUUAGGAGUGUUGACAAAA